CGGUUCCGACGGGGCUUCUGGAACGACUCCAAGCCCUCCUGUUCGAACAGUAUCAAUUUAUCGGCUCGCUGUCUCGGCUCCCACGCUGCCUUCCCCUCUCUGUCUCUACGCGAGACAUGGAAGAACGCGGCAAUCUCUCUCCAAACCAAAACGCCAACCCCAACCCUCCGAACCAGGAAGCGGGGGCGCCACCGCCGGCGGCGGCGGCAGCGGCUCCUCCGGCAAAGAAGAGGAAGCUGGAGGAUGGGGGGUUCAGGAACACCCCCUACUACAAGAUUCGCUCCUUGGUCCGAGAUCUUCGCCCUUUGUUCCUCGAGCUUCUCCAGACCCCUGACUUCCGGAACGGCAAAGCAGCUCAUGACAUUCGAAACCAGAUGAAGAUUAUGUUGGAAUUGUUAAAGCAACUGAAUACUGAUAUAACAGCAGAGGAAGAAAAGCGGGCAGCACAAACUCAAUCUGGUGAGGCACCUAAUGUAUCGGACAAUAUCAUGGCACAGAAAAGACCUCAAGGAGCAAAGGUUACGGAGGUAACAGAAUUUGCAAAGCAACUGGAAGAAGUGGUUCAGGAGACUUACAUGAUUGGUGGAUCUCCAGUUGGUUGGAACUUUCUUGUUUACCCUGGAAGUAAACCACUUUAUUAUGGUGUAACAAAAGCCAAUGUUCUGGCACGCCGAGCUGCCAAGUAAAAUGCAAUCUGAUGUCAGUUUCAAACUUUGAUGAGAGAAUCUGGAACUCACCAGCCUGCACGAACCAGGCAAAUCAAGUAACCAACUGCUGAAAGCCUGAAAUCAGUGGGAUAUAGAAACUCGAGGGAUGAUGUCAUGUGUCUGUCAAAUUUGGGGAGUUGUAGUUAGUCUUCAAUCAUGAAGAAUCAUAUCAUAUUUAUGCCUUCUCUGUACUUUUGGCAUUUUAAGAGAGUCAAAGAAGGCAUCCCUUCCUCUGUCUUAUGUAACCCUCUCAUGUACUUCAUGCGAACCUGUAAAAUGUUGAUACUAUGAUACUGAGUUUGCAUCAUUCCAACUUUUAUUAGAACGUGGUUUCAAAUUUUGGUUCA